AACAAAAGGUGGAGCGCGGCCCGGAUUAGAGUUGGACUCGGCAAAAGCGCGGCAGAGAAAUCCUAAUCCGGAGCUUAACAAGGGGAAAUCAUCCUAAUCCACUCCAACACUCAAAUCCCAUCACCCGAGGAGGAGGGAGGUUUAGGUAGGGUUCGAUCGCUUCUCGCGCGCACGUAGACGAGGAGGAGGAGGAGGAGGUCCGAGGGCCAGGGGGAACUAAUUCGUCGAUGCGCAAGUUCCAGGAGUCUGUCAAGGCUCUCGAGGCCGACAUCGACCACGCCAACACGCUGGCGUCCGAGUUCCUCAGGGACUACGACGGCUCCGUCAUCCAGAUGCGGAUGGCAUACAGCGCCGUCGCGCAUUUUCUCGUGCAGUGGACGGACUGCAGGCUCGCCAGCGCGCUAGGACUCCUCAAGAUCAUGAUAUUCAAGGUGUACCCGGAUGAUGGCACCACCAGUAUGCCGGCUUGGGAGAGGGAGGCCAACAUCAGAGAGUUCUACGGUGUUCUGUUCCCGUCGUUGCUUCAGCUGCCGAGCGGGAUCACUGAACUGGACGACAAGAAGCAGAAGAGGCUAUGCGUCGACAGGUUCCGGAGAAGGGAUGCCGGUUUCUCGCAGCUGGAUUUGGAGAGGGAGCUCGAGUGCGGCAUUUGCCUCGAGGCCAACGCCAAGAUCGUGCUGCCCGACUGCACGCACUCGCUCUGCUUGAGCUGCUUCGAACAUUGGAAUUCCAAAUCACAGUCGUGCCCCUUUUGCCGUGCCUGCCUCCAGAAGGUGAAGCCCAGCAGUUUGUGGGUUUACACCGAUGAUCGUGAUGUUGUGGACAUGGAUGCCUUGACUAGGGAAAACAUUAGACGACUGUUUAUGUACAUAAAUAAGCUACCACUUAUAGUCCUCCAUGUUGUUGACCUUGACAUUUACGAGUACACUACAAAAUAAAAUGCCAUGCUCCAUACCUGAUUGUACACUAAA